CCCAUAUCGCGCGAAUCGCCAGAAGCUGGCAUUUCUGCUAAUUCCAGAAGAGAGAGAGAGAGAGAGAGAGUUGCUAAGAUACGCCGAUGGGUGAAGCGGAACCUCCACCUCAUCUUCCUCUGCCUCCUCCUGAGCAGCAGCAGCCAACAACAACAGCAGAAGCUCGUCCUCUGCGAUUCGAUCCCAGCAGAAUGGUUGGCAUUAUCAAAAGGAAGGCCCUGAUUAAAGACUUAGCUACUGUAUACCAUGCUGAAUGUCUCAAAUACUGUAGAGAACUUCUGGAACUCCAGAGAAAAUGGGAAGAGCCAUAUACUGAAAUCAAAAUGCCUGAUGACCCAAGAAAGGAGAUAAUGAGACAGCCCAAGCGUCCUAAGAAGACCAGCUGAGGUUCUUUACUCUGCCAAUGUCUUUAUAAUCCAGGUUCUGUAGAUGUGGUUCGCCAAACAGUCUUUUUUCUUUUUCUUUUUUUCUUUUUCUUUUUUUUCUCGGAAGGUUGAACAGCCAAUUACCAUGUCAGUGUAAAUACCAGACGUGAGUAUACAAGUAUACUGUUGUAAAGAUUGGAUUUUUGUUUGUUUGGCGAAGUCACCUAAAUGGCUCAGAGAAGGUGGCCAUGCCUGUUUCACAGC